AUGGCCCGAAACAAGAACAACCAGUGCGGUGUGGCCACCUAUGGUGUCUACCCCACUGACAAUGUGAUUGAUCUGGAUAAGCUAUCAUGGGCUCAACACUGGAUUAGCACCAGAUUUGCCAACUUGGAGAUACUGUUAGCCGAGACGAGUGGCCGGUGCUGUCUGGGGGACGACAUAUCGGUGGCCGACCUAUGUCUCGUACCUCAGGUGUACAAUGCGUUACGAUAUGAGGUGGAUAUGACUCCCUAUCCCAUAAUCAGCAAAAUUAACGCAUACCUGUUGACCGUCGAGGCCUUCAAACAGAGUCACCCCUCCAACCAACCCGACUGUCCGGCCGACCAGAAAACCCAAGAAUCCCAGAAUUUAGACGAUUUGAUACACGGAGACAACCCGUGGGCUAAGCACUGGAUCACCACUCGGUUCGCUAAUCUGGAGGCACUGUUAGCCCAGUCUAGCGGCCGGUGCUGUGUUGGCGAUGGGGUAACCGUAGCUGACAUUUGUUUAGUACCGCAAGUGUUCAACGCAAUCAACUUUGGCGUCGACGUCAACGCCUAUCCAUUAAUCAACAAAAUUAAUUCACACCUCCUGUCACUCGACCCCUUCCGACACAGCCAUCCCUUUCGACAGGCGGACUGUCCUCCAGAGUUGAGACUUCAGUGA